AUGACGGAGUCCCCAUUUCAUGAUCUUUCGGCUCCAGAGCUAGAGAGUCUAAACACCCUGCAGGCGCUGUUUAGCCAUGAUCAAAGUCCCCUGAAAGCUGAUUUGAUGUGCGGUGUCUACCGCACUGACGAGGGAACCCCUUCGUUCUACCGGCAGGAACUUCUGUGUAACGAUCCACUCUGGGAUCACGAGUACCCGCCAUCCCAUCUCGGCACCCAACGCUUUAGAGAUUUGACUUCCAGGCUGAUGUUUGGGGAAGAAUCCAGUUACGUCGAUGAUAAGUGCAUUGUCACUGUUCAGACACUCGGUGGCAGUGGAGCGUGCCACAUGGGUGCUGUGUUUCUGGAUCGGCAUUACAGCCCUUGGAAAGAGGGCGCUCCAAAGAGAGUAUACAUCCCCAAAGAAACUUGGACGAACCAUCCCAAUGUCUUCCGCUACUUGAAUAUUGCUGUCAGCAAUCUCCCUUACUACAGUCCCAGAUCUGGAGCGGUUGCUUUCAGUGAACUGAAAGACGCGCUAAACCAGAUACCAAACCAGUCCGUUGUCGUCGCGGCAAAUAAUCCGACUGGGUGUGAUCUUUCUCGGGAACAUUGGAAUUCCCUAGUCGACGACUUCCGCCGAAAAGGGCACUUCGCGUUCUUCGACGCAGCCUAUCUAGGCUUUGCCUCUGGGGACUACAACAGGGACAGCGCCCCGCGUUGGCUGUUUGUUGAAAAUGGGAUUCCCAUGCUAUGCGCGACGUCUUACGGCAAGACCUUUGGAAUCUACGGCGAACGAAUAGGCACACUGUCCAUUCCGCUGCCCACCGCCGAUCUGGCAAAGAAGACGGAGAAACAUAUGAAGAUUUUGGCUCGAGCGAAAACAGGGGCGAUGCCAGUGUUCGGAUCAAAGCUCGUCGAGUCGAUUCUGGGCUGUGAGAAUCUUGCAAAAGAAUGGAAGAGAAACCUGCAAACCAUGGCUGCAGAGUUGAAAAGGCGACGUCUUCACCUUCGAACUUUGCUGGAGAAACUCGACACUCCGGGAGAUUGGUCCUUUCUCACGACCCAAGCUGGAAUGUUCUCGUGCGUCCUCUGA